CUCUCCGAGACUAAUGUGGUUGGGGCGGGAGAAAAAAAAAACAAGUAAGCAUCGGACUCAAAGCGACUUCCUUUAAUACAGUGGAGGAGUUUUGUACGUAGAUGUUAACAAGUCCCAUUUAAAGAGGAAAAAUGAGACUAAGGUCUCAAAAAACCGUUAACGUUACAGCGUGUUCGGAGACGCCGAGGAGGACCAACCGCCGACUGUCCAACAAGACAACGCCGAGAUCGACGCGCCUAUCCGUGACCGAAAGCCCACUUUUAACAAAGAGUGAAGAGACCUUGGAUCAUGACUCCCAUCACUCGGAUGACGAAAUUCCCACAAUGGCGAGGAGACCACUGCUCCGUGGCCGGGCAAGGAAGAGGGCUAUCGCUGUUGAUGACAGAGAUGCUGAUUUGGCCUUCAAGACUCCGAUCAGGUCCAUCAUGCGCCGUGAGCACAUACUGUCGGAGAUCAACACGGUGUCUCCUCAUAACACAACAUCCAGAAACAUCUACUCGCCCAUCGUGCGUUUCCUCACACCCAGCAAAGAGAAUGUGAAGUGCCCACACACCGGAAACAGUGUGUUGAUGAGCCCAGAACAAGGUGUAUUUGGGUUGGGCUCCAUUGACCUUCUGGCUGGAGAUGAGGAAGAUGACGUCUUCAAUCCCUUUACCUUCAUCAAGAACAUACCAUCACAGUCUCAGCAUUCCCGACCCCAACUGAGAGACAUUCCACCGAAGACAAGGAGCACUCCAGAGGCCACGCUGGUGGUCGACCUGGAGGAAACCCUGAUGUUCAGCUCUCUCAAUGUGAUCGAGGAUGCAGAGUACACCUUCCACACUGCUUUCCAAGACCAUCAGUACAAGGUGUACAUGAUCCUACGACCGCAUGUCAAGGAGUUUCUGCAGUCCAUGGCAAAAAUCUACGAGCUGUUUGUUUACACAUGUGCAAAGAAGGAAUACGCUGAGAAGAUACUGAACAUCCUGGACCCGCAAAGAAAACUAUUUCGACACCGUCUGUAUCAGGAUGACUGUGCCUGCGUUCUUGGCCACUACAUCAAAGAUCUCAACAUCCUGGGUAGGGAUCUCACCAAGACGGUCGUCCUGGACAACGCACCCCACACAUACCCGUACCAUCUGAUGAACACAAUUCCCAUCAAGAGCUGGUCCGGGGAGUCUGAGGACAGAGAGCUCCAGAAGCUCAUCCCCUCCAUGGAGAAACUGUCUACAGCGGAGGAUUUUCGGGAGGUGCUGAAGAAGAGGAAGGAUCACUUCCACCGGCUGCUUUCAGAGGACUAACAGGACUUCCCAACCCCCCUUCCUCACUUUAACUACAUUGUGACUUUGACAGCUCGUAUUUGCUUUCUUUAUGCUUUGGAUAAAAGCAGAAACCAGUUGGACCUCGCUAACCUGAAGCCUUUUGGUUUGUAGCGGACCUGCUCGCUCUCCUCUGUCCUCCCUGAUGACCUAAAAGGACGACAGAUCGGUAUUUCAAACAUGAUGCUGGUCGUUUGUCACCACAAAACCCCAUUUCUCCGAGACCCAUUCCACAGGGCAGUAAACUGCUACCCAGUGUUUGUGUAUAUUUACAAGACGAAACUUGAAAUGUGUUUAUAGAUUUUUUUUUUUAAUUUAUUGAUUAUAUUGCUAAUCAACUGCUAUCCUCUGUAUAUUUUACAUAUUCUUUUUAUGCAAUAAAAUCACCCAAAUAAUAAAUGGGAAGAAAAAGCA